AUGGCUGCAAACGCUUUCACCAUCUACACCUUCUUCCAGCUGUUGAUCAACUACCUCAGCGGUGAACGAGCUCUCAUCAUCAUGACCCACGGCCGGGAGCCGGUUGACCAUCUAUGGCCGCUCAAUCAUGCUCUUCCGCGCGUUGACAUAUCCGACCCACACACAUUCCUCGCCAUAAAGCGUGGUAUUCUGCAAUAUGCGUGGCUGAAGCCGACCCUGUCGCUGGCGGCGAUUAUCAUGAAGGCUACUGGCACAUAUCAGGAGGGCUACAUUGGGCUUAAUUCGGGCUACUUCUGGAGCGGCAUAAUCUACAACAUUAGUGUCACCAUCAGUCUCUACUCGCUGGGGCUGUUUUGGGUCUGCAUGCACAACGACCUGAAACCCUUCCGGCCGGUCCCCAAGUUUCUGUGCGUCAAACUCGUCAUCUUUGCCUCGUACUGGCAGGGCUUUUUGCUAUCCAUCUUGGUCUGGCUGGGCGCCAUCCCAGACCAAGUCGAAGGCUACACCCCCGACAAUCUGGCCGCAGCCAUUCAGGACUUCUUGAUCUGCAUAGAAAUGCCGGCGUUUGCGGUCGCCCACUGGUACGCAUUCUCGUGGCAUGAUUUUGCGGACAACCGGAUCGCUUCGGCCAGGAUGCCUGUGUGGUAUGCGGCAAGAGAUGCUUUUGGAAUCCGCGACCUCAUUCAAGACUCCAAGGAGACCUUUUCAGGGGACAAAUACGGAUAUCGUAUUUUUGACUCUGGAGACAAGAUUAUGGCCCACGAGGCUUCUCGCUCACGACUAGCUCGGAUUAAGGACGGGAUGCGGUAUGAACGAGGAGGCAAGGGGAAAUACUGGAUACCAAGGCCGGACGAGAUCAACCAAACGACACCCCUCUUGGGAGCCAACGGCGAGCCAAGCAGGAGGAACGGGUCCCUGUCCCCACACACCAACAGCCAUGAGGAGCCGAUACUUGAUCCCAGCGAGGAGCUUCUCUACGAAAAUGCGAGGAAGCUUGAGUACGGAGACUGGAAUUACCCUGUCAUCACAGCCAGUGAGCCUGCAAGCGUGCGGUAUAUGUCGCCACACCCCAGCCUUUAUCAAAACACGCCCACCGGGAGCUUUUAUCAGCGCGCUUCGUCGAGCUCAGUUCCGACCCUGAAUCCAGAUGCCCCUCUAGAGAGGCGCAAAAAGCAGGCGCCGGAGGGGCCCCAGGCGGGCGCCGGAGACAGGAAGGGCAAGAAGAAGGAGCUUGCUGAAGCCCAAAACCCCGGCUCGACGCACGAAGCAGGCCUGGACCCCCUUGAGAUCGCGUAUGGUCCCACCAUUGGGACACAUACAGAGAUUACCAAGGACGAUUUCAACGUGGAUACAGACAGCGGGCAGCACAAACCUCACCAAGAAACUGCGAGGCCCGCCCGGCAGACUCACGUCCCACGGGACGACAAUGACUCGACAGAUAUAUCCAGCGACGCGGAAGAGCAGGGGGAAGACAGCGGGAUGGGUCGCAGCCCUAGGCCGAAAUACGGCCUCGAUGGAGAAGAUGAGUUUCGGAAUGUUUGGGGGAGGUGA